CGGUAUCUCAGAUUUGAGGAUCGUUUGAUUCUCGGCCUGGGAGGGCCGGCGUGAGGUGUCAAAAUCGGGCAUAGACAUCGUGGGUAUAAGGAGAUACAAGUGAUGGAAAGAGAAAGAUGGAAAAAAGGGACGGCGAGACAGAGGGGUAAGGGGCCCUGGAAAACCAAGGGUCACAGCAGGACUGAGGGGGAAGAGAUCCCUGUAGGAACCGGAGACGGUAAGAGAAAAUGUAUUGAUGACGUCGACCGAUCUUCGAUUUCCCAAGCCGGUUUGGGAUACAGGAGGUUUUGUAGGCCGCUCUCCCAACGCAACCGCUUGAGAGUGAAGUGAUUUUGGCAGAGAUUCAAUGCAGACAGUAGAGUCUAUGAUCAGGAGAGCAAUAUGGUCAGUUCCAGAGGGGACUCAAGUAGAUGGCAGGCAGCUCGUCAGUCAGUCCACCUUUGACCGGGCGUGUGGUCUUCUCACGGCCGGAGUCGAUCACCCGCCGCGAUCCACUAGUGGCAAGCUAAGGGAACAGGUACAAGGUCUAAGUGGAAUAGCACCCACCUGGACUCGGAAUUAGAAGCAAAGAUAGUGGACUGUGUAGGCACCAAGCCGAAGCUGUUAGCGCCUUUAGCUUUUUUGAUGGUCUGGGUGUGUUGUUCUGAGUUCGU